AUGUUCCCACCAAUUUGCUGUUUGCAUGUAUGUGACGGUGAUCGUUUGUAUGGACACCUGAUCAAACACGAGACUCGCUGCCCCACCUUAUGUAACGAACAAGGUGAAAACAUCCAGGAAGACAUCCAGCUGGGGAAUCAGCUCUUGGCGGAAGACAAGGAAUUAAACAUAGAUACGGCAAGCGAAUCAACUCUUAGCGAGCGAUCUACUGGGGUUGAAACGAUGAACGGCAAAAUAAAAGAGAUAAAUCCAGAGCCUGACAUGCAAAAAGCGCUAAAUACAACUAUAAAUGCAACGACUAGCCCUGACGCACCCCUGGACGAAAAUGACGAAACAUGGUACUGGGUCCUUAGGGGGCUAGUGGGAGUAAUAAUCGUGUUCGGCAAUGCUCUCAUCAUUUACUUGAUAGCGACUCGACGCAGUCUCCACUCUACCACCAACUGGCUUACUCUUUCCUUGGCCACGGCAGACUUCCUGAUUGGGAUAGCUGUGGUACCGUCCUCGUAUUUCUGCGCCUUCAAACUUGUGACCAGCUGUGACGUCGUGCUUGUUUCGAUCCUCAACUUCAUAUUCCUGUUCGUGUCCGUGGGUAACCUGUGUGUAAUCACUGUGGAUCGAUACGUUGCAGUGCGCAUGCCCUACAAGUAUUACGUACUCAAGACCAGGCGUGCUCGACGUUGGAUGAUCGGGAUGGCCUGGGGCUUGCCAGGCGUUGUUAGCUGCCUACCGUUGACGUGGCAACACUUGGCCCCAGACUUCCUCAUCAAAGUGGAGCGCGUGUUUUACACUAUCCAGAUCACCGCAUUUACCAUCAUGCCAUGCGCCGCAAUGCUCUUGGCUUACGCCUUGAUAUACUACACAACUUGGAGACAGUCCCAUUCCAUCAGAGCCCAGUCCCAACUCGACCUCAGCCAGAUGCGCGAGGAACAGCGAAGGAAGAGACUUAGGCGAGAUGGGAGGGCUAGUAUUCGUGUUUAUGGACUGAUAGUGCUGUUAUUCGUCGUUUGCUGGUCCCUAUCAGCGUAUAGAUACUUCCGAUUCUUAUUUGGUUAUGGACUCCCCCCACUGUUUGUGAUUGACAUCUCGAGAUUGCUAAUCCUACUCAACAGUGCCGUUAACCCGCUAGUCUACUCCUUCUUCAAGAGGGACAUAAGGGCUGAGCUGGUACUUGGAAUAAUGGACCUACUUGGGAGGGGCGUGUCGUCACAUGGCCGGGUGUCUGUGUCCAUCCCUGAACCCAGCAGUCCGCUUGAGAAAGAGACUGUAGCAUAG